AUGUCUGUCUGCCUUCGGCUCCCCAAAGCCACCCCGGUGCUGACCACUGCACCGCAACACCGACCAUGCGCCCUCUAUGCAGUGUGCGCGCAGGGCUCCAACCCACCUGUAACAACUGCGCAUGUAUACCUACCUUGGGCCCUGACUACUUGGACCGGCGUGGAUACUCGACUGCAUUCGUUCUUGUACGUCUACCGUACCCUGGCAAGCGAGAACUUCGACAUGGCGAUGUCUAUAUCCACUUCCUCGGACCAUACGGGUCUUGGAUCGGUCCCGGAUCCUGCGCCGUCCAGCGAGCGCAGCCCCAGUGAAAGCCUCCAGCCAUCCCGCAGCUCAAACGACGAGGAAAUAAGAAUUGCACAAGCUAUUGCAGACUUGGCGGAUACCUGCGACAACGCUUUCGUUCGGUCAUCAACGCAGUACCAUAGCCAUCAUAGGCCUUACUCGUCAGUGGAGUUGCAGCAACAACGUCUGUCGACAUACUACGGUAUCGCAAUGGGAUCGAACACUACUCUUGAGAUGAACGACAUGGGGACUCCAGGGCGAGAGAGACCGCAUGUGAGAAACGGGCAGGGGGGUGACUACGUCCCGAAUUUGCAAUCCUACGGCACCUCUCAGCACUCGAGUCUGCAAUCCAUAUCCACCAAGUACGGGGUCGACAAUGCAGAUUCCGCAGACAGUCUCCCGCGGCUCAAGCACAAGCAAAAGAGCAGGAAGACGCAUCUCCAGGAGACGCAUUCCACCGGUGACGAGGCCCAAAGCCCGACUUCCACAAUGGAAAGCGAGCAGCAUGAUGCACAAUCCAUGGGCGGUGCCGGCCCAGCAUACCCUUCAGCAGCAAAAACAGCAGUUAUCAUGGUCUCGCUCUACAUCUCCAUCUUCCUAGUCGCCCUCGACAGGACCAUAAUCGGGCCCGCCAUUCCCGCUAUAACGAACCAGUUCAACAGCAUCGACGACAUUGGCUGGUACGGCAGUGCCUACAUGCUCACUUCGGCAGGCUUCAUCCUACUCUACGGUCGCAUCUACACGUUUUUCCCCACAAAACCCGUCUUCUUGUCUGGCAUCUUUCUCUUCGAGGCAGGCAGCGUGGUAUGCGGCGCCGCGCAGAGCAGUAUGAUGCUGAUUAUUGGCCGGGCGAUUGCCGGCUUGGGCAGCAGUGCCAUCUUCACGGGAGCCAUCUUGAUCAUGCUGAACACGGUACCGCUGCACAAGAGACCGAUGCUGCAGGGGCUAUUUGGCGCGUGCUUUGGCGUUGCAAGUGUGGCCGGUCCGUUGCUUGGAGGCGCUUUCACUUCCAUGUCGGAGCGAGGCUGGUCUUGGUGUUUCUACAUCAAUUUGCCCUUGGGAGGCCUCACGAUAUUGGUCGUUUGCUUUCUUCUCAAACUGGAUGAGCAGAAACCAAAGUUGGCCAGCUGGAAAGAUGUGGUCAAGCACCUAGACCCAGUGGGCACGGCGCUCUUUCUCCCAUCCAUCACUUGUCUACUCCUCGCUUUGGAGUGGGGCGCGGCAGAGUUCUCCUGGGCAUCUCCACGGAUAAUCGCCAUGUUGGUUGUAUUCGCGGUAUUGUUCUUGGCCUUUAUCUUCUGGCAGUACUGGACGAGGCACACCACAGCCACUGUUCCCCCUCGCAUCAUCCUGCAGCGAAGCGUAGCAUGCGCUGGUGCAUCCCAAUUUUGUGUUGGGGCGACGAUGCUUACGGUAUCCAUUUACAUACCCUUGUGGUUUCAGGCUAUCAAGGAGGUGUCGGCGAUGCAGUCUGGUGUGAAUACCAUUCCCCUUGUUCUCUCUGUCGUCGUGGGUUCCAUAUCCUCUGGCGGACUUGUCCAACGUAUUGGAUACUACACUCCAUUUAUGAUUCUAGGAUCGAGCUUCAUGGCCAUUGGUGCCGGCCUAAUUACGACCUGGGACAUGGGAACCAACACCGGCAUGUGGAUCGGCUAUCAAAUCAUUCUCGGUAUCGGCGUGGGCUGGACGAUGCAACAACCAAACCUAGCCAUCCAAACCAUUCUUCCCAAAAACGACGUACCAAUCGGCACAGCCGUGCUGUCACUCUGCCAGACCCUGGGCGGCGCCGCCUCGAACACAUCGGCGGCCUCGACCCAGAACAGAUUCUCAACGCAGGCGCCACAGAUCUGA